CUGCGCACCCCCAACUGUCCACCUGCCCCACAGCGACUGCGGAGGAAGGGAAGGAAAGCGACAUAAGAGAAAGAACAUGGAAGCAUUGGACCGAUUGGCCUGCUGAGAUUCAAUACCCGAUUGCGAUCGUUCUCGCGCUUCAAUCUCCCACGCGCCAGCUCGGCAUCAUCUUGCGCCCUGAAUCACCUGGCACGAGCCAGUGUGGGGUCCAGCCAUGUCCAGCACCUGCAUUUCACUGUCGGGCUCGACCCAAUGCCCUGCUUUUGACAGCUCCUCGGUCUCAACCAACUCCAGUCUUUACACCGAUUUCCCGUUCAUGGAAUAUGUGUCGAAUUUGACAUCAUUCGACAAUGAAUUAAGCAGCUAUGUCAUGCAGACAUAUGUCAAAGAGAAGUAUGUCGAAUACCUGGGAUGCCAGGGCGUCAAUAUGUCCGAUACCAGUGAUUACUAUGCACGUUAUACCACCAGCGUGCUAUGUAGCAGUUUGGUUCAAAGCUCGACGUCGGAUUGCAACCUAUCGUCGGAGGAGUCGAGACCACUCUGUGCUGAAACUUGCGCAUCGAUGGCAGAAAGUGAAGAGGCGAUAGUUACAGACACCGACCUUUGCUCCGCGAAGGCCAGCGACUACAUGGCUCAAAUCCGCUCAGACUUCACAAUAUGCGCUCUUCCUGCCGAUUCGCUCACCACGACCUGCAUCACGGGGGCCGAAAACGAACCCGAAAAUUGCGGUUAUCGAUCGAAUGUCUUGGGUCUAUGUUCGUAUUGCAAAUCGACCAAUUCUACCGAUUCCUGCUGCACAGUCUCAGACACCGCUACUCGUUGUUCGAACGUCACUGUCCCGUCCUCAACGCUUCCCCCGAUCUUCACUACCACGGCAGCGUCCAAUGCGACUAGCUCUCACGGUCUCUCGGGAGGGCAGAUUGCGGGCAUCGUGAUAGGGUCUGUUGCCGCUUUUGCACUUAUAGCUGCCCUGGCCGUGCUGGGUUUGAUUUGUUUGCGACGAAAGCGUCGGGCUCAGAAUGACGGCUCUCUGAACCAGCCCAGUCCGCGAAGGAAAGGCUCCCCGUUCAUGCGUCAGAAUCAAAGCCAGCAAGGGUUUACUGCCAUACCCGGUGGACGGGUUACGAGAAUGUCUGCCUUGCGUGAAGUACCCACUUCGUCGCCGCCUUCUCGUAAUUCUGCUGCCUUUUUCGGGGGCACAAAGUACAGCGACUCCUCUGACUCGGAAUACGGAGCCAGUCCUGGAGCGAUGUCACAAAAGAUCCCUCCGACAACAGGCAAACGCCAUGGCUCCCUUUCCAGUAAUUCCGCCUUGGCUGGCGCGGGCAGUGACUCGUCCCCUCGCUCAGGUAUGGCUGGCCAGUACUCGUCACCCGAUGGAAUGACUAGUGGGCAAUCGGAGCAGUUGUCCGCGUUCCAGGACUAUUACUCGCAAGAUGAUAUUCACGCUGGAGACAAAGUUGCUGUUCUGUGGGCAUAUCAACCACGGGCGGGCGACGAGUUCGCUCUGGACCGUGGGGAGAUGUUGAAGGUCAUUGGUAUCUGGGAUGAUGGGUGGGCUACCGGUAUCCGUGUCCCCGAAACGGCGGAGGACUACGAUGCCAGACACCGUGAGCAACGAGAUAGUGGCGUAUCACAUGGUUCGCAGCGUGCGGUCACAUCGCCCACCCCCAUUGGCGAUAUCAAGGCAUUCCCACUGGUUUGUGUAUGUCUUCCACAGCACUGGAGGAAGAUCAUCGAGGGUGGACAGGCUGACGACGGGUCAUGAUCACUUGGAGGCCCUUGCCCGCCCUAACCGUCUUCUCAAAGCUCAUCUGCUUGAAUGCCGGAUUUAUGCCCUGACGAUCAUACCCUUGUCGAAUUGUUUCACCCCACUCCGCACGAGUGCAUUGCAGUCAAGAGGGCGUGGAUGCCUCCACCUCAUGCAAGGCACCUGCGAAAGCUUUGGAGUGAUAUCGAUGACACCUCUUCGAGCUGC